CCCGCAGAAAUAACGGCAUUGGAUCCAGUUUUUAAGGACUUUACCGAGUUGGGAAUUAGCUGCAACCGCCAACAUGCCGUCCAAGCCUGCCCCAAUCAAGAAGGCGGCUAACAAAGAACCAGCCAAGAAGCAGGAGGCGGCUCCAGAGCCGGCUCCUGAAGCCGCCCCAGCUGAAGCUGCCCCAGAGGCUGCCCCGGCUGAGGCCGAAGCUGCACCAGCUGAGGCGGCCCCUGCCGAGGGAGAGGCCCCUGCUGCCCCACCAGCUGAGGAGCCCAAACCACCCACCCCUCCACCCGCAGAUGAGCCCACAAGCGCUCCACUGGAUCUGUUUGUUGAAGACAAGAAUGACACUUCAGUUUCUAUCAUUUGGAGCCAGCCAGAGAUCAUUGGACACUCCGGUCUGGAUGGAUACACCAUUGAAGUCUGCAAGGAUGGAACUGAGGACUGGAAGGCAGUCAAUGAGGAGCUGCAGAAGUCCUGCCGCUACGUUAUCAAGAACCAGACCACCGGUGACCGUCUGAAGAUCCGUGUGGUGGCUGUGAAUGUUGGUGGCCGCAGCCCCCCAGUUGCCCUCCCUGAAGCUGUCCUGGUGAAGGAGGUUGCUGAUCGUCCCAAGGUCCGCUUGCCUCGUUUCCUCAGGCAGAGAUACGUCGCUAACGUCGGAGCUAAGAUCAACCUGACCAUCCCCUUCACAGGCAAACCGAAACCUGUGGUCACCUGGACCAAGAAUGGGCAGCCCCUGGACACAAAGAGGGUGAACAUCCGCAGCACCGACAGAGACAGCAUCCUGUUCAUCCGUACAGCCGAGAGAGAAGACUCUGGUGUGUACGAGAUGUGUGUGAAGGUGGAGGACUUUGACGACAAGGCUUCACUCAUCCUUCAGAUUGUUGAGCUGCCAGGGCCUCCUGCCAGCGUAAAGAUUGUGGACACCUGGGGCUUCAAUGUUGCUCUGGAGUGGACUCCACCCACUGACAAUGGAAACACAGAAAUCACAGGUUACACAAUCCAAAAGGCAGACAAAAAGACUGGAGACUGGUUCACUGUGUUGGAGCAUUACCAUAGACUGAAUGCCACCAUCUCUGACCUCAUCAUGGGCAACACCUACAAGUUCAAAGUAUUUUCUGAAAACAAGUGUGGAAUAAGCGAGAAUGCUACCAUUGCAAAGGAGGAAGCCAAGAUCUUGAAGACAGGUAUCGAGUACAAGCCUCUGGAGUACAAGGAACAUGACUUCAGCGAGCCACCCAAAUUCACCACCUCUCUGAGUGACAGAGCCACCACUGUCGGCUACAGCACCAAGCUGCUGUGCUCUGUCAGGGGAUCCCCAAAACCCAAGGUUCAAUGGAUGAAGAACCAGAUGAUUAUUGGAGACGACCCCAAGUACAGGCAGAUCUGUGUUCAGGGUAUCUGCUCUCUGGAGAUCCGUAGGCCCGGUAACUUUGACGGCGGUGUGUACUCCUGCAAAGCUAAGAAUGAUCUUGGAGAAGCAACUGUCAGCUGCAAGCUGGAAGUCAAACAACCAGCGGUUGCAGAUGCAGACAAGAAAUAGAUCAACAUUCACAUUCUCACAGUACUGAGCCCUUUUUAACACCUGUUAUGUGUUCAUCUGUUGCAAUCCCAAAUUAGGAGCAGAAGGAAUGAGGCCUUUGCAGCAUAAGGAAGGUGCUGGAUUCCUGAAAGAACAUGUAUAUAUGGCUGGUGACCACAGUACCAAAGGGUUGUUGCCUGUGGCCUCUUGCCGAGUGUUACCCGGUGUUAUGAUGAACAAUUGUUGUCGCUUUAUGCCUUUAUUGUUCAUUUCAUUAUAUUAAGUCCAUAUCCAUGUCCACAAUCAGCUUUUACCCCAACCAUAUUGUCACAGUUCCUCCCUAGUUCAUCAGUCUGACAGUCUAACUAGGGGUACACCAAGAAUUUUACAACAUGAUUUUACUGUUCCUCAUAGGAGAACUGAAUAUAACAUCUACGUGUUUAUAUCAAUAAAUAAUUUAAUUUCUGGU